AUGUCAUCAUUCAGUCUCCUUGCUUCAUUGCCUGAGGAACAUUUCCAGUGUCCGAUAUGUCUGAACGUCUUCAACGACCCGGUUACAACACCAUGCGGCCACAACUUCUGCAAGACCUGCCUCAGCGAGCACUGGGACCAGAGCGAUUUAUGCAGCUGCCCGGCGUGCAAGAAAAGAUUCCACAUGAGGCCUGACAUCUCCACAAACACGGUCAUCGAGGAGAUAUCGGUCCAGAUAAAGAGGAGGAAAGUGGAGACGCCUGAAAGUCCCGACGCACCGUGGCAGGUGAGGUGCGAUGUGUGCGAAGAGAUGAAGUUCAAGGCCCUGAAGUCCUGCCUGGUGUGUCUGACGUCGUACUGUGAAGUCCACCUAGAGCCUCACCAGAGAGUUCCCUCCCUGAUGAGACACAAGCUGGUGGAGCCGGUGGAGAACCUGGAGGAGAGGACGUGUGAGAAGCAUCAGAGGAUCCUGGAGCUUUUCUGCAGGGACGAGAGGGAGUGCAUCUGUGUGCUGUGCAGCGAGACGGACCACAAACACCACGAGACGGUGCCUGUUGAAGAAGAAGGGGCUAAACAGAAAGAAAAUAUUGAGUCAAAGAAAGCACAGAUCAAACUGAUGAUUGAAGACAGGAUGGUAAAGAUUAAGGAGUUCACCGACACUUCUCAAACGAGCAGAGAAAAGGCGAAUCAAGAGCUGGCUGACAGUGAUACGCUCUUCAACACUCUGAUGGAUCAUGUACAGGUGGCGCAAGCUAAGCUACGAUCAAACAUCGAGAGCAAGCUGCAGAAAUCACAAGAGAAAGACGAAGCGAUGAUCGAGGAGCUGCAGGAGGAAGUCGCCCGGCUGCAGGGGAGACACUCGGAGCUGGAGGAGCUUUCACAAAGUGACGACCACCUUGACCUGCUGCAGACUCUGCAGGCCCUGGACACGUUGUCAGACACGAAGGACUGGUCUCAGAUCAGGGUUUACUCAGACCUGUGCGUGCAGACGCUGAGGAGAUCCAUGACUCAUCUUGUUCACACUUUCCAAUCAGAACUGAAAACUCUGACAGUCAAAGAACUGACCAGGAUGAAACAAUACAAAGAGUCAGUCACCUUUGAUCCAACCACCGCUGGUCGCCACCUCGUGGUGUCUGACGGUGAGAAACGUUUGAAGCACUCCAAAAUCGCAAACCCCACAGCGACUGAUCACUCCGAGAGGUUCGACUGUCCGAUGGUUCUGGGGACGCCGGGAUUCACAUCUGGCCGCCAUUACUGGGAAGUCCAAGUGGGCCUGAGAACCGACUGGGACGUCGGUGUUGCAGAGGAGACAGUUCCCAGAAAAAAUUCCCUAGUGGAAAAAGAAAAUGGCUUCUUCGCUAUAGGAAAGAGCGGUUUUGGUUAUGAAGUUCAAUGUAAACGCAACUCGGUCUUACACCUGUGUCCCAGGCCCAGAAAUAUAGGAGUCUAUUUGGACUAUAAUGAAGGCAGAGUCUCCUUUUAUGAUGUGGAUAGGAAAGUUCACAUUCACUCUUUCACAAGAGAGUCUUUCACAAAGAAGCUGUUCCCGUACUUCUAUCUCUUCAGCAAAGCCAAGAAAGCAGAGCCUUUGCUCAUCAGAUCCAUGCUAGAUGAAGGAUAUUACUUUUCUCUCAUUCGGUCUCUCAACCAAGCUAAAGAGUAACUGUUUAACUGUUCUAUGAGGACAAAACUCCCCACUCCGUUUUAAAAGAUGCCAUGUUGGGUAAGCUGACAGA